AUGGACUGUUUAUUAACAACCAAUAAUACGACAACUUUAUUUGAUAGUCCCUCAAUUUGGACGGGCUAUAUUUCUGUUGCAGUAGCUGUUUUCUUUUUCGGUUCAAGUCUUGUACCUGCAGCAAAAUAUCCUGUUGGAGAUGGAUGGGCAAGUGGUCAUUUUGGUUGGUUUGAUCUUUCAGGCAUUUUAUUAACGGUAUCACAAUCGAUUGAUAGCUCACGACUAUUAACUGUGAACAUGAAAAAACGUAUUAUUGGUUGUAGUCUAGCAAUUGUAGCUGGAACUUUGUUUGGUCUUGUCUUUACACCUAGUACUUAUAUUCAAGAUCAUCAAGAUAAAUAUCCAGGAGCAAUGAAAAAUGGUCUUAACUAUAUAUUUGCUAUGUAUACAGGUAUCUUACUAACAUCAUCAGUCUACUAUGGUAUAUAUCUUAUUUUCAAACGUAAUCGUCCAUAUAUUUGUAUUGAAAAAUCAACUACGACAUCAACAUUAAUAAUGUCAUCUUCAGCAUCGUCCUUAUCCUCAACAACAUCGACAACAACAACAACAACAUCAGUAAUAACAAUAUCAGCACCAAUAAUAAUAGCAAUGCGUGAAUGGACAAUGACAGGAAACAUGAAUGUUGCACGCAUGUAUCACACAGCAUCUACAUUAGCAAAUGGAUAUGUAUUAGUUACUGGCGGAGAGAGCAGUGAUGCUUCUUUGAAUAGUGCUGAAUUGUACAAUCCAUCAACGGGUACUUGGACAAAUACAGGAAACAUGAAUGUGGGAAGACGACAUCACAAAGCAUCCACAUUAACAAAUGGACAUGUAUUAGUUACUGGUGGAUGUACUAGUUCUGACAUAAAUUGUGUUGCUAUAAAGAGUGUUGAAUUGUACAAUCCAUCAACAGGUACUUGGGCAAAUACAGGAAACAUGAAUGUGGGAAGACAGCAUCACACAGCAUCCACAUUACCAAAUGGAUAUGUAUUGAUUGCUGGUGGAAAAAUUGGAGCUUCGCCCAUAAAUAGUGCAGAACUGUACAAUCCAUUAAGAGGUAUUUGGACAAGUACGCGAAACAUGAAUUUCGCACGAUAUGAUCACACAGCAUCCAUAUUAGCAAAUGGACAUGUAUUAGUUGCUGGUGGAGUGGCCAGUGGUAAUAGCGAUACAGCUGAAUUGUACAAUCCAUCAACAGGUACUUGGACAACCACAGGAGACAUGAGAUUUUUUCAAAGCUGUCACACAGCAACUAUAUUAGCAAAUGGAUCAGUAUUAGUUGCUGGUUUUUCUGGCAAAAUUGGUAGGAUUAAUCCUGAAUUAUACAAUCCAUCAACAGGUACUUGGACAACUACAGGAAUCAUGAAUCACGGACGAUGUGCUCAUACAGCUUCCUUAUUAGCAAAUGGGUAUGUAUUAGUUACUAAUGGAAAGAGCGGUGGCGAUUAUUCGCAUAGUCCUGAGUUGUACAAUCCAUCAACAAAUACUUGGACAAUGACAGGAAACAUGAAUGUUGCACGCAUGUAUCACACAGCAUCUACAUUAGCAAAUGGAUAUGUAUUAGUUACUGGCGGAGAGAGCAGCGAAGAUGCCAUCAAUACUGCUGAGCUUUAUCAAUCGAUAUCGCCAUAA